CAGGACUGGAGCUGCAGGCAGAGCACAGCUCAGCCAUGGAGCACUUCCACUGCUGCCUCCUGCUCAGCCUGGUCCUGCUUGGCAUUGGCCCCACAGAAUCCAAGAAGUGUGAGCUGCAGGGCCUUUGGAGGAAUGAGCUGGGCUCCAAUAUGACCAUCUCAGCCCUGGAUGCAUCUGGGACCUUCUCUGGCUCCUACCAGACAGCGGUGGCUGCCACCAACAAGCAGAUCCUGGUGUCACCACUGCAAGGAGCCCAGCAGCCCCCUGGCAACAAGGGGCAUCAGCCCACCUUUGGCUUCACUGUGCAGUGGCAGUUUGCAGACUCUACCACUGUCUUUGUGGGACAGUGCUUCAUGGACCGCCGUGGGAAGGAGAUGCUGGAGAUGGCAUGGCUGCUGAGAGAAGAGGUUCCCACCCGCAAGGACAGCUGGAAGGCCAUCAGGGUUGGCACCAGUGUCUUCACCCGUGUCAAGUGAUGGGGAGCAAUGCCUGUGCCUCGCGAUCCUGUCUGCAGCUCCUGGGCUCUCUGCUGCUUCCUCACUGUGUCCUGCUGCCCACCUGCUGCAUCCCACUGCCUGUGCACCAGAAGCCAAAUAAACCCGCCUGCACUCAG